UGUUCCUCGGUCCAACAGUGUUCUGCUUUCACUGGCCGUCUUUUCUCCCCGGCGCCGGCAUCUUCAGUUCUCUGGUGUCAUCAGUCUCUGGUCAUCUCCUGUAGUACGUCCGCAGUCUCUGGUCAUCUCCUGUUGUACAUCCGCAGUCUCUGGUCAUCUCCUGUAGUACUUCUGCAGUCUCUGGUUAUCUCCUGUAGUACAUCCGCAGUCUCUGGUCAUCUCCUGUAGUACUUCUGCAGUCUCUGGUCAUCUCCUGUAGUACAUCCGCAGUCUCUGGUCAUCUCCUGUAGUACAUCCGCAGUCUCUGGUCAUCUCCUGUAGUACAUCCGCAGUCUCUGGUCAUCUCCUGUAGUACAUCCGCAGUCUCUGGUCAUCUCCUGUAGUACUUCCGCAGUCUCUGGUCAUCUCCUGUAGUACAUCCGCAGUCUCUGGUCAUCUCCUGUAGUACAUCCGCAGUCUCUGGUCAUCUCCUGUAGUACAUCCGCAGUCUCUGGUCAUCUCCUG